AUGGUGUUUCGCAAAAAGCCCCGCAAGAAGCGAGAGAAGAGUCGAAGCAGUUCUUCUCCUUCUCAGUCCAGGGAACGUGAGGACGGUGACGAAAUCAUAUCCGGUCAGGAUGCAAGUGGAGAGGCACCUGAAAGUCCUCCAGAGCCUCAAGCCGCCCCCGAGCCACUGUCACUUGCUUCGGCUGCAGACCAGCCGACAGAGUUUCAGUCGCGCCUGCUGGAGCAACUCGUCCUGCUUCGUCAACAGAUUUCGUCUCAGCAAGAAGAAAUGCGAAAACAGCAGCAGCACCAGCGCGAAUGGGAGAAGGCGCAAGAGGAGCGCCUCGCGGGAGUGUGGACAGCUCAGACGACGAGACGCCCGGAAAGGAUUGAAGAUGAAGAAGCGUCGAGGGACGGAGCGAGAAAGGACGGCAAGCAACCUGGAGAGGAAGCUGCGCAGGGAGAGCAGGAAGCGACAGAAACCACCGGAGACGAAAUCAAACAAGGAGAAGAGAGAAGAGAACAGGGGAGAAAAGAAGAAGAAAAAAGAAGUGAAAGGGAGGAGAACUUGGUGGCGAAGGUCAAAAUGUUAGAGGAUCAGCUGAAGGCGAUGCAAGAGAAGGAGAGAGAUAGAAGAGAUGAGGAAACUCGAAAACAAAGCGAGACGGGAGAAAAGAGUGACGAAGCUGAGAAAAGAGAACACGGACAAGAACAACUCCUGACAAGGCUGCAGUUCUCAAUUGCCUACUGUUCUUCCUUCGAACUUCCCUAUACACCCGAAAUGCUUGUACCGGAUAAGGCGCGAUCCGUCGGAAAAGGGUGGCGUUCUGCUCCACGCUGUACAUACCCCCAGGAGAUCGGCCUCGCUCUGGAGAAGCCCGCGCAAAUCAAGUUUCUUCAGUUGCUUUCGCACGAGUCGAAAAUUCCUAGGAAAGUUGAACUGUGGGUUUCUCCUACAGAUAUCCGUUCUCUUCCUUCUUCGUCUGCUUCCGCUUCUCCCUCAACAGCUUCCUCUUCGUCCGCGUCUUCCGCGUCUUCAUUUUCGACUUCUGCUGCUUUGCGCGAGGCCUACCAGCGCGCGUCGUUUACUCGGCUUGGAUACCUGCGUUUCAGCGGAAACGCCGUGUCUCGCUACCGCGCGCGAGAGUUGAAGAGCGUGAAUUUGCCUCACUUCACAGAGUGUUUCUUCAUCAAGCUGGUGUUUGUUGGUCCGCACUGCACGCCUGAAGUUAAUCCAAGUUUUCAAGUGAGCUUGAUCGCCGUGAACUGCUUGGGUCGUUGA